AUGCCGAAUUUCACUCUCAUGAUCAAGGAGGAUGUAUCAUUCAGGCUUGCAAAUCAGCUGAAUGAUUUUGCUGACUCGUUCUAUUCGACUCAUUUUGUAUUUGUGCCUGGUCCGGAUGAUCCUAGUUUCAAUAUGGUUCUUCCUCGGCCACAUCUUCCCGGGGUGUUGUUCAAAUAUCUUGAAGAAAUUCCUAAUUGUUUGUUUGGCACCAAUCCGGUUCGGAUGCAAUACGCCAGUCAGGAAAUAGUAGUCUUACGGAAUGAUUUAGUUGAGAAGAUGUGCAGGCACGCUGUGAACACUGUUUCUGCGGAAAAUAUCACCAAAAGUUUUGCAAGAACUAUCUUAAGUCAGGUAAUAGCUGGUUAACU